AUGUCCAACCGCUUUGUGUCUGCGGGCAAAAUUGGCUCGUCUGGGGAUAUUUCUAAAGAUGUGAAUGAUACGGGAUCAAGCACCAGUCAGCAGCCCCUUCAUAGCUCUGCAAAAGCCAAAGAAUGGGAACAAGUUCAACAACAACUGGAAGAUGAAAGGAAGAGACGCGAAGAGCAGCGUAUCAAGUCGGCCACAGGAGAAGGGGAGAAAAGCUUGUACGAUGUCCUUCAGGCAAACAAAGCGGCGAAGCAAGCAGAAUUUGAAGAACAGUCCAAGAUACGCAAUCAGUUCCGCGCACUGGACGAUGACGAGAUAGAAUUCUUGGAUGAGAUACGCGCCAACAAGCGUGCUGAAGAGGAACGCGUAAAGCGGGAGACAGAGGAGGGUCUCAAAGCAUUUCGCCAACAGCAAAAGGGCGACACCGUUCAAGAUCAGUCUGCUGAUGUGCAAGAAGGAGGCGAGUCAUGGGAGAUUGGCCGUAAGCGGAAACGCAACAAGGAGAAGGAAGUCAAGGGCUUGAGGCGUAAGGUGAGCGCUGCGGAGGAAACUAGCAAAAAGGACGAGGAGUCAGCAGAAACUACAGGACAGGAUGCUGAGAAGCGCGAAAAGCCAAAAGUCGCACCUCAAACAGCUGCGAAGCCGCCGGAGAAGAAGGGCUUAGCGCUGGUGAGCUAUGGGAGUGACUCCGACGAUGAAUGA